CAAAUGAAACCCUAGCCAUCGUUGACAGAGACACCAAACGAACGAGCGUGUGUUAGUGUGGUGUUGUGAGUUGCAGCAGCCAUGGCAGAUGCAGAAACAGAGGUGCAAGGAGUUCCGAAGAAGAGGACGUUCAAGAAGUUCAGUUUCAGAGGGGUGGAUCUCGAUGCGCUCUUGGACAUGUCCACCGAUGAACUCGUCAAGCUUUUCUCUGCACGUGCUCGCAGAAGGUUUCAACGCGGUUUGACCCGCAAGCCUAUGGCACUAAUCAAGAAGCUCCGUAAGAAAAGGGAGGCUCCACCCGGUGAGAAGCCAGAGCCAGUUAGGACUCACCUCCGCAAUAUGAUCAUUGUGCCUGAGAUGAUUGGUAGCAUUAUUGGUGUUUACAAUGGGAAGACCUUCAAUCAAGUUGAAAUUAAACCAGAAAUGAUUGGCCACUAUCUUGCUGAAUUCUCAAUCUCUUACAAGCCUGUUAAGCAUGGAAGGCCAGGUAUAGGUGCUACUCACUCCUCCAGGUUCAUCCCUCUCAAAUGAAGACAUCACAAAUGUCCCUUCUUUUUUCUUAUGUCAAACUUUCCCUUGUUUAAUGGGAAUUAUUUAUUUCUAAUUUCUAGUUGAUGUUGUUUAGCCUUCUAUUAUAGCAGUGAACAUGAGUUUUGGAUUUACAUUAUAUUUAUUAAUGAGCUUUUUGUACUCCUCCCCUCCCCCUCUCUCUCGAUUUAAUAUGUGGUAUUGGA